UUUUUCGCGGACAGCUGAAGCGCCGCCACAAUGGACGGGAGGUCGCUGGCUUGCGAAUUGGUACGAGCAAGAGCUGAUGAACUGGAGGUCAUGCGGGACAAGAUAGAGAAGAUGAAUGCGACUCUGGACAAGUUGUUGAGAGUUCAGCUGGAGCUACUAUCUAUUGUUGAAGAGCAUGAAGAACGUAACUACGCGUUGGCAGCAGAACUUGGGGACGGAGGCAUUGCGCAAAAUGGCCGACUAUCGUUUCGGGUGCUAUUUGAAAUGGCAAUUAGCAGAUUGAAAGGCUAACGGGUACGUAAAUCUGUAUUAAUUGUUAAUGCAGCUUUAAAAGGCUAGUAUUUGAGCUGGUCGACAAAUUGUUGCUCUAUAUGUCUCACCUUGUCGGUAGUGGAGCGCGAAGCGCGUUGCUCUUUUUGAGUUUCACAUGAUAACCCUUAACAUUCUCAGCCUCAUCACCUUGAUGCUGUCCUCGAAUACAUUGCA